AUGAACAAAAAAACGAUAUUAUCAGUCAUCAUCAGCUUAACGUCGAUCCAAUCAUCAGAAGCGGCACCGAUAUCAUGGGAGAAGGUACCAAUUGUCAAUGGUCAACAGUUACCGUGUUUUGCUGUGGAUGGCUCAGCCUGGUUUCCAGCAAUCACAAAGCACUCACCAACUCAAAUAACUACUUUCUUUAACAACGAGCCAAAAUCCAAAUCCGGUCGCUUAAAUAACAUCUUUGGGAACUUGAUUUCUGCUGUCAAAACGGUUUCGGAUGGUGUCUCUCCUUCUGAAUCGCUUCCGAAAACCGAAUUCGAAGUUUGGCUAGAUGCCCAAAAAGAGAUUUCUUUUAAAGGGAUGUUGAACAACAUUGGUGGAUAUAGCGAGAUAGAUGAACUGAAAGGUGCUAUUCCAGGAGUUGUCAUUGCGUCUCCAUCGAAAUUCAGACCCAAUUAUUUGUAUCAGUGGGUUAGAGAUGGUGCGAUCACUAUCAACUCACUCGUUGAAUACUUAGACGACGCACAGUUUCAGGAUUCGGAGUACAACUUACAGUUCCUUAUUGAAUCAUACAUUGUGAACUCGAAGGUUCUCCAGCGACUAUCUAAUCCUUCUGGCUCAUUUGAUGAUUUGGAAGGGCUAGGUGAGCCGAAAUUUGAAAUUGAUUCGACUCCUUUCAAAGAUAAUUGGGGUAGACCGCAAAGGGACGGGCCUGGAUUGAGAGUUAUCACGAUAUCGAAUUACUUGAGUCUUCUCAAGAAAUAUAAUAAAGGAUUGCAAUUACAGGACAAAUUGGUGGAUGAGAAAACGAUAUACUUUGAUAUCGUCAGGCCUGAUCUGUUGUACAUUAUGAAAAGUUGGAAUAAGAAUGGAUUUGAUUUGUGGGAAGAAGUGAAUGCACUACACUUAUUCACAAGUUUGACACAAUUGAAAGCUUUGAAGUUAGGUCUCCAAUUAGCUUCAUUGUAUGAUGAUGAUUCUUUCUACGACAAACUAUCGGUUUCUUUCAAUGCAUUGAGAUUUUAUAUCUCAGUUGACUCAGGUUACCGCUUCAGUUCUAUCCCAUAUUUGAUUGAAACGCCAGCAUUACUUCUCCAGGGUAAAAGAACGGGUCUUGAUAUUUCUUCAAUUCUGGCGGUCAUCAGAUCUCACGAUUUAGAGACCGAUUCCGGUGAUGAGCUCGACAUUCCUUUCCCUGUUGAUGAUGCUGCAGUUUUAAAUACUUUAGCUGCUCUGGUGAACGAUAUGAAAUAUAGGUACCCUAUCAAUCACAAGAGAUUAGGUAUCAGCUCAGGUUUUGCUUUAGGAAGAUAUCCUGAGGAUAUUUACGAUGGCUAUGGAACAAGCGAAGGUAAUCCUUGGUUUAUUGCUACAGCUACUGCUUCGGAACUGGUUUACAAGUACAUCUACAAUUUGUACAAGUAUCAAAAGGAUCUGAUAAUUCCAAUCGAGCAAAAGCGUUUGUUUGAGAGUAUCACGAAUAUGAAGAUCGAAGGUGAAACUGUGGUGCCUUACGGUUCCAAAGCAUUUUCUGAGUCAGCUGCUUCUUUGUUGAAUUAUGCAGACGCAUUCAUGGAUGUGAUCAGAGAACAUGUUGAUAGCGAGGGCCAUAUGAGUGAGCAGUUCAACAAAUAUAGCGGGUACAUGGAGGGGGCAGAAGAUUUGACUUGGAGUUAUAGCUCUUUCUGGAGUUCGAUUAGAUGGAGAGCAAAGUCUAUAAAGAUUAUGAGAGACAAGGAUCGUUCGUUUCAUUGA